AUGAGGAGGGAUAUUAAACAAUUAGAUCCAAAGAGCUUAAUGGCAAAUUUGCAAGAACUCUCACAGCAGUAUCACAGAAAUAUAGCAGAAAUGAAUACUAUACUUGCUGAAGCAAAAGAAAAGUAUCGGGAAUCUCUAAAUUUAAAUAAUAUUAGAAUACAAGAAGCUCAGGAUAUUAUGUCUAAGGAAAGUCAACAAUUACAGAGUGAAUUUGAUGAGAUUACAAAGAUGUAUGAGAAAACUCUUCCAGGAUAUAACCAAGAAAAGAUACAGAUCCAGUCUAAAUAUUUUAAAGACAAAGCAGUGUUUGAUAAAGAUUUUCAGAUAACUGCUAAUGAUAUUGCAACGCAAAUUUCUGAUAUUAAUGUAAAAUUAAUUAUAGCUCAAACAGAUAAACAAACUGAGAGAUUAAAUGAAUUAUCAUCUUUAAGGGCAGAACUUGAAAAAGAAUUAUCCGAAAAAAAUUCAGAUUACCAAGCAAAUUUAGCUAGGAUUGAUACUAUAUAUAAAGAAGAUUUAAAUGAAAUAAAUAAAAAAAUUAAUGAUUUUAUAUCUUUUGUUAAUACUAAGACUGAAGAACUAAAUAAUAAACGAGAAUCUAUUGCUCAAAAUUAUUAUGAUAAUGUAGAAACAUAUACAAAAGAAAAUAAUAGUGCUGGGGAGCAAUAUAAUUUAGUUUGUACAAAUGUAUCUCAUAAUAUAAGAUUAAGAACACAGCAGUAUGAAAGAGCAGCCGAGAAUAUUAGAGGCGCUAUAGAAGGGGCUAUUUGCAUGCAGAGGCGCCAAGUUGUACAUUCUCCCUAUGCAUAA